UUCCCUCUCUAAAUUUGUGUUGGCUCUAUUAGCAGACGCACUCCAAAGCAAACGUUGCUUUCUCUUCACUCCAAAUAGCUCUGAAGUAAUCUUUCUUACUCCCGAAACACACAGAGAUACACUCUAACAAAGAAAAAAAGACUUUCUCCAAGAAACAAGAGAGAGAGAGAGAGAUUGAAGCUCUAACCAGUUUAACUAAAGCGAGUUGGAUAAAGUCGGUCGGUUCUGUGUUGUUACUGAAAUUUAACUCGGUUAAGUCCGGUUUACGCGUUAAUUUCCCUUCUUAUGAAUCAUCUGAACCAAAUGUUCGGAGUUAGCUCCGGCGCUGGGCCGUACCGAGAGUCACCGAUGACCGGACUCGAAUCGAUCAAUUUCAGCGACGAAAUCCAGCAACUGGCGGCGACGUUACCGCCGGAGAACACCGGUUCCUUCACAGCUCUGCUCGAGAUGCCGGCGACUCAGGCCGUGGAGCUUUUCACUUCGUCUUCUCAGGCCGCCGGAAACAUCGCUCCUCCUACUCUCCACCCGUUCCGGAGAUUGAAUCUUCCCCCGGACCUCUCGGUGAUCGCUGCAGAGCAAAACGGAAACUUCUCCGGCGAGUCCGUGGCACCUUCGAGCUUCAGCGGUAGAGUCAAGCCCGAGCCUGAUGAGACCGAUUCAUCUCAGCGGUUCGUUUCUCAUCCAACGGUGGAGAAUCAGAAUCGUAACAAGAGGAAAGAACGUGGGAAGAAGAAGGUCAAAAGCUCGAUGAAGAAGACCAAGAGCUCUGAAGAAGAAGCAGAGAAGCUUCCGUACGUUCACGUUAGAGCUCGUCGUGGUCAAGCUACUGAUAAUCAUAGCUUAGCAGAACGAGCAAGAAGGGAGAAGAUAAACGCACGAAUGAAGCUGCUACAAGAACUGGUCCCAGGCUGUGACAAGAUUCAGGGCACUGCAUUGGUGCUGGAUGAAAUCAUUAACCAUGUGCAAUCUUUACAGCAUCAAGUAGAGAUGCUAUCUAUGAGACUUGCUGCAGUGAACCCCAGAACCGACUUCAAUCUCGACAGCAUAUUGGCUUCACAAAACGGUUCUCUAAUGGAUGGUAGCUUCAACGGAGAGUCUUAUCAUCAGCUGCAACAGUGGUCUCUCGAUGGUUACCACCAACCAGCAUGGGGGAGAGAAGAGGAUCAUCAUGAAGGCAAUUUCUUGAUGGGUUCAGCUACUUUGCACCCAAAUCGGGUGAAAAUGGAGCUAUAAGUUCCAAACUAGUUGACAAUGCCUAUGUAUAUAUACAUAUGAGAAAUGUAUCUCCUGAGGCUAGAAAAAAAUGAUCAUGAACUUACCUUGGCCUUGUAUAAUUCAGAACGUCUCAACAACUCAGUGAACUCACUGUGACCGCGCAA